AUGAUUCUAGAUGAAGAGGAGUAUCUUCUUGCUGAGCACCGUUGCGAUGCCCACGUGGAGGGCGGGAUGAGCCGCAAUCUUAGAUCCUACUGGGCGUGCUUUCGCCAGCCAUCGCCAUCAUGGGUCCUUUGUACCUACGCUAUUAACGUGUUCAUAUUCGGCAUAUUGGCCGUCCCCGAGCUUAAUGCGACGUUUGCAUUGAUCUGUCACCAGCGAUACGCAACAAGCCCGGUCCCCCAAACCUAUCAACACCAUGGCACCCCCAAUCUCCUCGGGGAGCUGAAACAAUGCUUGGGCAACAAGGAUGCGCAAUCAGAGCUAUCACGGUUUCUCUUAUACCGCCAAGUGACGGCAGGUCUUGUUAGUGCGAUAUCGACCCCAAUUCUGGGCUGGUUGUCGGACUGCAUCGGCCGCAAGCCGAUCCUCGCCAGCACCGUGAUAGGAAACUUGCUGUUUGAGGCACAGAUGUUAUUGGUACUGCGGUAUCCUGAUUCUAUAAAUAUGCACUGGCUCCUGGUGGGAUGCGCCAUGGAGGGUCUCAGCGGCUCAAUAAUUACCGCAACGUCCACUUCGCAGACAUACAUUACCGACCUGGCGGACCCCAGUGACCGGCCUAGACUGUUCAGCUAUUUACAGGCAGCGUUGUCAUUUGCUGGGGCAUUGGGGCCGAUCGUUGCCGGUGUGCUCCUCGCGAUGCCCAACCCCCUUGAGCUGAUGUUCUCGUUCGCUGUUUGCGCUCAUUUAUCCCUCGCGCUAAUCUUCGUCUUUGUCUUGCCGGAAUCGCGCUGGUCACAGUCGGGCGGUAGUGCCUAUAAAGACCGGUCGGUCCAGGAGCAGCCCUCUGGAGAAAGCUACGUCCGCGUGGUUUUGAAGUCACUCAAAUCGCUCUGGCCAUCGAGUACAUCUCGGCAAAAGAACAUGGUUAUUCUGGCUGUUAUGGAAAUCACCACUCAUAGUGUCAUGAUGGGCCUGCACUCACUACAAUUAGCGUACCCGGCGUUCUUGUUCCGAUGGCAGCCCACCACACAGAGCUUCUAUAUGUCGCUCCUUUCCUCGUGGAGCAUUCUGGUGCUAGUUGUGAUCUUUCCCAUGGUCAUGGCCCGGGUACGUCAAAGAGCGAGGAGAAUGAAUAUUGUAAAUCUGUCGGCUGUGUUCAAUUUUGGGGAGGUGGGUGCUAUCCAGGCGAACCUAAUUUUGCAAAUGAUCGGCUACAUUGGCAUUGCUGUAUCUCGAGUACCCAGUCAUUUCGUCAUAUCGUCCCUCAUUGUUGCAUCGACUGAUUCGAUCAUCCCUCUGUUGACGUCUUGCCUCACAGCCCAUGUGCCGAUUUAUCAAUCGGGGCAACUAUUGGGGGUUUUGAGCUUUUUGCAUGCCAUGGCUCGAGUUGUGAUUCCUGCAGCCUUGAAUACCAUAUAUAGCAUGACGAUAGGUUUCUUUCCGGCGCCUUUGUUCAUGCUAUUGGCCAUUGUCAUCGGGGGCUUGAUUCUUGCUAGUAUGCACAUCAAGAGAAAUCCAAUGUGA